AUGUCGCAAGAUCCAGAACAGGCCCAGAAGCUAGAAGCGCUUCUAAAGAUGCUUGCAUUGUCGAAAGGUGACACUUCAAAGUUGACUCAACCUCAGCGUAAGCAAUUCGAGGAGUACAAGUUUUGGAAGACGCAACCGGUGUCUCGUUUUGAUGAACAGGUGAAUGAUGAAGGUCCUAUCAAUAAUUCGCAAAGACCGCAGGACAUUCCUGACAAGCCCUUGCCAUUGCUGGGCGAAUUCGAAUGGUGCACUGUAGAUCUUACAGACUCGCAGCAAUUGGACGAUGUUUUCAUUCUAUUAAACGAAAAUUAUGUCGAGGAUCAAGACGCUACCUUCCGUUUUAACUAUUCGCGAGACUUUUUCAAUUGGUCUUUGAAAGGCCCAGGCUGGAGGAAAGAUUGGCAUGUAGGCGUUCGCACUAAGGAGUCUGGUCGGCUAGUAGCGUUUAUCAGUGCUGUGCCAGCCACGCUUCGAGUCAGAAACAAGCUGGUGAAAAGUGUCGAGAUCAACUUCUUGUGCAUACACAAGAAAUUGAGAGCCAAGAGACUCACACCGGUUCUUAUCAAAGAAGUCACUAGACGCGUCAACAAGCAAGACAUUUGGCAAGCACUCUACACCGCCGGUGUCGUUUUGCCAUCUCCUGCCGCCACAUGUCGUUACGCUCAUCGUCCUCUGAAUUGGUCAAAGCUUUACGAGGUGGGCUUCACCGGCCUGCCAACAAAUGCCUCCAAGACCCAGAUGAUAGCCAAGUACACGUUGCCGAAAGAAACUGAUACCCCAGGAUUGAGGCUAAUGGAGGACAAGGACGUAGACGAGGUUUUCGAUCUUCUUGAAAAGUACCAAUCGAGAUUUGACCUCGUCCAGGUGUUCACGAAGGAGGAGUUCAAACAUGUUUUCUUGAGCUCAAAAAAUGUGGUCUAUGCUUACGUUGUUGAAGACAAAGGCAAAAUUACGGAUUUUGUAUCCUUCUACUCUUUGCCAUUCACUGUGUUGAACAACCCACAUUACAAGGAGCUUGGAAUAGGUUACCUCUUCUACUACGCUUCCGACGCAGACUUUGACUAUGCAGACAGAUACCACCCAGAGGGUUCGCUGAAGCUGCGCAAAAGGCUCAACCGCUUGAUUACCGACGUAUGCAUUAAGGCUCGAGACCUCAAAAUGGACGUCUUCAACGCAAUGAGUUGCCAGGAUAACCCAUUGUUCUUGGACGACUUGAAAUUUGGACCUGGUGACGGAUUUUUGAAUUUCUAUCUUUUCAACUACAAAGUUCGCCCCAUUGCUGGUGGAUUGAAAAAGGAUAACACUUUUGAUUCUGAAAAGCGUAGUAACGUUGGUGUGGUAAUGCUAUGA